AUGCAGAAUAGCGAUUCUGUCAAAGUGCCGAUUUUACUAGUCACGGCCAACGUUGGUUCUCUCUUUGAGGACGUGAGUAUCUUGUUUCUAGCUGUAGAAAAACCGUAUCUACACUAAAAUGUGUAAUUAUAUACUUAAAUAUAUGUUCUAUAUAGGUCAAGAACCUUUUGUCAGGAUGGAUACGCGAAAUACAGCAAGUGAGUCAUGUCAUAAUCGAAUAACUAUGGUCUUAAUUAAUUAAUCUUGACAUACUCAGUGUUUGUUUAGCUAAUUUUAUCUCAAAUGAGUAAAAAUAUUGUAUAUUGAACUCCAUUCUUUUUCAGAACAUGCUUGAUUCAAAAUUUUGUUCUGAAAAGUAACAAAUACACAUAAUCUGGCUGUUCUAAUGUAUUAAUGAAAAAGUGACCAAUUUUUGUUCUGAUACAGAAAAUUGCCGCUCUUGGUCAUCCGAAAUUUAUCGCAUUCCACUUUCAAGAAAUCGGUGGAAAGUUCCCGCAAGCCGCUUCAGAGAGCAUUCAUCAGAUAACAAAGUAAGAACAUCAAGAUUUUUAUUUCUUUAUGUCGGCUAUCUGCAUUUGGUUUCAUAAUACAUUUUUUUGCCUGUAUUAAUAAUGAAUUCUGUGAUGCAAUUAUAUAAAUACUAAUGUAGAGAUCCUCGUAAUUUAUUCGUAUUUUUCUACAGACAGUUGUUGGGGAGUCAAGUCCUGUCAGAUUACACUGCAGUUGUUGGAUAUUUUGAUCAAGAUUACAAAAACGAUGAGAAAUUCACAGUGAGCAUUUUUCUGGAUCAAUUUCUUUACGAAAUCGAGCAGCUGUUUGCUUUGUAUUCAAAAUUUUGCAAUGUGAAAUGA